UGGCAGCGAAUUGAAACCAAAUUUAGUGGUGGAAACGGUUGAAACAGGAUCGAAAUAGAUAAUGCCAACCUUUACUUUUUAGUAUAACAGUUACCGUUUAUUAGGUUAUAUUUUCUCAGAAAGAAAUCUAAUCUUAGUAAAUGAAAAAUGGAAAAUAAACGUGAUAUAUGGUCAUACGACGAAACUAUGACAUUAAUUCAUAUUUUAAAAGAGAAGAAAAUUUUGAAGAUCAUGGACAAUAAAAGAUUUCGCAUUGCAGAAAUUUUUAAAUCUUUAGAACAAGAGAUGAAAAAUAAAGGUUAUUGUCGAAGCGCAACGCAGAUACACAUAAAAUUUAAAGGAUUAAAGCGAACUUACAAUAAUUGUAGGACUGCGCUUUCAAAAAGUGGUGCAGGCGUGAAAAAAUGUAUGUUUUAUGAUGAGCUUGAUGAAUUAUUUGGAUGCCGACCUAUAAAUAUCCAAAAAGGAAUGGAUUCUUUAAAUGCUACAUCAUCAAUUGACAUGGAUAUGUUUGAUAAUAUUCCCGAUGCAGAUGGAGCGAUUCCAGGGUGUUCAAAAUUUUCUGAUAACUUCAAUAAUUCAGACAUUAAUGAAAGUGAAAAUCAAUUUAAAAGUAUUGAUAAAAGUAAUAUUACUAGUCUUAAUGUGACUGACAGUAUUAUUCGUAUAGAGGAAAAUUCAGACUUAACCAUUGAUAAAGGAGUUCAACAGCAAUUGGAAACACCAAUAAAUGACGAAAUAAUUGAUAAUAAUAAUGAUAUUGCAACGUUACUAAAAAAUAACACAAAUAAAGACUCUAAAAAAAGAGUUAAGUCUGCAAGAUCAACAAAUCGUCAAACAUUUGCUCAAGUAUUUGAUGGUUGUGUUGAAAAAUUAAUAAAAUCAAAUGAAGAUAUUACUAGGAUUGCUAUAGAAACUCAAAAUAAGAUGAUUAAUAAUAUUUUACAACAACAAGAAAAAAUGUUACAGCAACAAACUCAAUUAUUGAUACAAAAUUUGCAUGCUAAUACUUUACAAUCUCAAGUAACUACAAAUUAUUGUCCUAAUCCUGAACAGUUUAGAGGCCCAUUGCAAUCAUUUAAUAAUCCUCGUUUCGUAAAAGUACCACUUAGUGUUAUUCAAUCUUCAGAAAGAUGUUCGCCAGUUAUUGUCACGCCACCAUCUACGCCAACACCACCGUCAUUUGUACCUUUUUCAGUUUCUUUACCCAUAUCAACAACUUCCCCAACCAGUUCCUCAAUAACUUCCCCAACAAGUUCCUCAACAACUUCCGCAACUUCUUAUUAUUUUAAUUCAACCUCUACUUCAAAUCAAGUCACAAAGUAAGAUUGUUUAAAAGUAUCUUAUUUUUAUUUGAAAGUUUUAUGAGUUUUAUACAGUCUAUAUUUUAUUUUUAAAAGUAGAUUAU